GAAUUUGUUUUCAUUUCUCUUUCCCUUCACUAUGAUUAACUCUUGUGAUUAAUUAAUUAAAGUGAAUUUAUUUUUAUUUUUUCUCACAAUCAUAGUCAUCUAAUAAUCAAUUCAUCUUGUAAUUGAUCAGUAUUCUGAAUUCCUUGAGCCUUCACAUUAGUAGAGAUCAAGUUAAUCAAACCCUUUAAAAGAAUAUUGAUUUUUCUUGUCUACAGCUGCUUUCAUUUACCAAGUAAAUUGUGAUUUCUUUAGUGUGAUUAUCUGUAUUAUCUUUGAAUUUUAUUUCCCAUCGGAUAAUCAAUCUCUUGGAUCAAUUAAGUGAAUCAGUUUUUCAACUGAAAUUCUAUAUAAAAAAUAGCCUCAAUAGUUAAAAGAUCUCAUUCUUCAUUUAGUGUGUUGCAACUAAUUACAAUAAUCCAUGAUUUUCUGGUUAAUUGGGUGAUUUUACUUGCUUCUCUUGUCGUUUAUUGGUCGCAGGCCAAUCACACAUACAAUCAAGAUGAACACUGGAUACACAACUAGAAGUCGUUUUGUAUCAGUUUUGGAUUUGAUACUUCGAGUUCCCCCUUUGUUUGUCAUGGACUCAAUUUUGAAUACUCCUUACACUUAUACAACCCCUUCUGAACCUGUAUAUUUAUCACUUAAUCAAACUUUUGAUGAAUAUGGAAUAGACAAAGAAUCUAGUAUAACAUUUAAUUCCGAAGAUUACUACAUUAAUCGUACUCAAUCAUAUGGAUGGAUUUUUCUCUGUAUUAAUGGAUUUUUCAUCUCUUUCUCUAUGUUUCUCCUGUCAACAAGUGUACUGAUAUCCAUUUAUCUUUACCUUUCCUCGAUUGGCCUCAUCGUUUGGUCUUACAUUUGUAAUGAAGAGUUCAUGAGAUAUGUGAAGAAUCACAAUAAUCAUAUAGCUUAUGAUUUAAUUUCCUUAAACUUAAGUGCUCUUCCCAGGUUUCUGGGUAAUUAUGUGUUACAGAUCUUUCUGGGAGUUCUCUUCUUCUUCGCAAUACCCCAAAGUCACCAAUUCGUAACUGGUAAAUUCAUCUGUCUAUGUUUCAUUGCGCCUCCAAUGUUGAGUAUAAUUCCAGGUCUACCUCCAGACUUACUCACUUGGAUUCCCGAAGUUUGUGCUUCUCUAGCACUUCUAUAUCUUUUUAUAUUUUUAAUCGAUCGACUUAAAUACCUUUUAAAUACAAUAAUUCGUGAUGUCCGUUGGAGUCGUAAUAUAAUCAGAAGCUAUGGACCUUACACAUUAAUGCAAACCCAAUGGUUUCGACUUCAAGUUCCUCAAGUUCUAACGAUAUUCUGGAUUAUUCGUUUCACUGAACAAGCAGUACUAAUGCUUGCUGAUACAGCGUACAAAUAUUACUAUGUACCUGGAGAUAAUCAAUUUCCAUUUGAUCUAAAUUACUUCUCUUUAUUAAUGAAACAAUUACUUGUCAAGGGAUGUGAAACUUUAGUCGCUCUAUUUGGAAUGACAAGUAUUAUAUCAUCUAUCGCCAAUCAAUUAGGUCUUUUCACUCAAUCAUUUCUCCAAAUGAAUGAACCAGAGGAUACAAGUAUGGGAACAGUAUCAGCAAUUUUAUUCCUAAUUCUAGCCUUCCAAACUGGGAUAACGGGCCUCGAGCCCGAGAAAAGAUUUGUUCGCCUCUUCCGAAAUCUAUGCCUUAUGAUAAGUGCAGCACUUCAUUUUAUUCACAAUUUGGUUCACCCCUUCCUCUUGUCUCUGAGUGCGUCAAAGAAUCAAAAUUUUAGGAAACAUUCAAGAGCCUGGUUGGUCUGUCUAUUUCUCCUCAUUUUCCCAUCAUUUUUCCUACAUUUCCUAUGGAAAUACAACCCGUUAACAACAUGGCUACUGGCAGUCACAUUUUUCCAAUUAGAAAUAAUGUUAAAGGUUGUGACUACCCUUUUAAUCUACAUUUUAUUCAUGAUUGACUCUUAUCGAACCACAGUUUGGGAAAAGCUUGAUGAUUAUGUUUAUUACAUAAGGGCAACUGGAAAUACUAUUGACUUUCUAUUCGGCAUAUUAAUAUUCAUCAAUGGAGCUUGGAUACUUGUCUUUGAAUCAGGCGGAACUAUCAGAGCUCUAAUGGUUUGUCUACAUGCUUAUUUCAACGUUUGGCAACAAGCUAAAGCUGGUUGGCAAACAUUCAUGAGAAGGAGAUCCGCUGUUCAUAAGAUAAAUACCCUGAAAGAAGCAACUCAAAAGCAAUUAGAUAAUCUUGACGAUAUUUGUCCCAUUUGUUUCCAAGAUUUCCAAGAAUUAAGCAGCGCUCGAAUAACUCGAUGUAAUCACUAUUUCCAUGAACUUUGUCUUCGUAAAUGGUUAUAUGUUCAAGAUGUUUGUCCACUUUGUCAUAAAACACUUUACGGUCCAAACGAAAAUAUUACAACCGAUGAACUUGUUUCUGAUAAUACAACUACUUCUCCUGUUACAACUUCUUCCACUUCCACAACCUCAACAUCAACCUACGUUAAUUAUGAUCCAGUCAAUUCAUCAACAAUUGAUCAAAAAACCACUUAUUGAACGCUUAAAAACGCUUAUUGUGUUGGAUCUGCUGGAAUUUCUAAUGAUAAUUCAAUUAAAGAAAACUUGGUGAAUUCUUGUGAACCCACUGAGGAGAGAAUUGAAGAAUAAGAACAAAAGGAUCGUGAAGAUGAUCCCAUGUAUAAAUAUAUUGAAGAAUAUAAUUAUAAAUAAACUUUGAUUACUAAUUAA